AUGAGUUUAAUACAAAAUGAUGAAAAUUUCAUUUCAAAAAGAAUGGCAGUAGCUAUAGCAAUCUUAAUAUUGUAUUUAUUGCAUUACACAACUUUAUUUUUGAGUUCAUGCUUCAAUUAUAAAUAUUAAGGAGAAUAUACAAGUAGAAGAAUAUUUUUGUAUGGUAUAUCAGGUAUAAAUAAAAUAUAUUAAGGAUUAUUAAGUAUGAGUGCAAUAUAGAGUAAUAUAUUUUCAGCUGUAUUAGCAUGGUUAACAUUGAUACCACUCUCAAUAUUACAUUUUUCUAAUUAUCAAAAAUUUAAGACAUUAUAUAAGAUAUAAGAUUCAUUAUGGUUAACAUAUUAUACAUUGUAAAUUACAUGGUAUUUGGGCAUCAUUAUAGAUUUUUAUUCAUGA